AUGGCAUCAAAAAUGCGUAGUAGCCACAAUGAUGACGAUGACAAGCGUUAUGAUAAUAUUAUGGAUUGUCCAACGGAAAUACAUUGUACGUUGCCUGAUGGUAUCAAAGUUGAAAAUCAUUCGACCCCGGACGGACAAACAAAUUGGGGUCUGUAUGCUUCAAAGCUGUUUCCAAAACAUUCGGUUAUUUAUGUCAGAGAAUAUGGUGGUUAUAUUUAUGACAAAAAUGUCAACUAUAAAUUGAUUAUUGAACCAGAAGGUAGAUAA